GCUAGGUAACGUCUAACGUUGUCUGUACUGAAAUUAACCACACCAUAUGCAAGUCCACCACACGCUGUAAAUUGAACACUUUUCACACCCACCACUCACGAAGUUCUGCGCCAACUGAAACGACCAGAUCGAACUCCGUUUCAACAGUCAUCGGUUGGUUAUUGUCGGCAACAACCGUCGCAAGUCAGAGAUCUGUGUUUCAUUUCGAAACCGCCACAGUAUGAGUGUCAUCGACAUUCUCACCAGAGUCGAUUCCAUUUGCAAGAAGUAUGACAAAUACGAUGUCGAGAAGCACCGCGAUUCUAAUGUCCCUGGCGACGAUGCCUUCGCCAGACUCUACGCCUCCGUCGACGCCGACAUCGAGGCAUUGCUUCAGAAAGCAGAAACGGCUUCCAAGGAGAAAGGUAAGGCGUCUGCUGUAGCGAUCAAUGCGGAGAUUCGUCGUACUAAGGCUCGGUUGCUGGAGGAGGUUCCCAAGUUGCAGAGACUGGCUGUGAAAAAGGUCAAGGGUUUAUCUUCACAAGAAUUUGCUGCCCGUAAUGAUUUGGCUCUUUCAUUGCCAGACAGAAUCCAAGCCAUCCCAGAUGGGUCUCCUCCUGUGCCAAAACAAACCGGAGGCUGGGCUUCUUCUGCCUCACGUCCUGAAAUUAAGUUCGAUUCAGAUGGGCAAUUUGAUGAAGAUUACUUUCAACAGUCUGAGCAAUCAAGCCAAUUUAGGCAGGAAUAUGAAAUGCGUAGAAUGAAACAGGAUCAAGGUUUGGAUGUGAUUGCUGAAGGAUUGGAUACAUUGAAAAACAUGGCACAUGAUAUGAAUGAGGAACUGGAUCGACAAGUUCCUCUCAUGGAUGAAAUUGACACUAAGGUGGAUAAGGCAUCAUCUGACCUUAAGAAUACAAAUGUUAGACUUAAAGACACAGUAAACCAGCUUCGAUCCAGUCGAAACUUCUGUAUUGAUAUUGUUUUGUUGAUUAUAAUUUUGGGAAUUGCUGCCUACUUAUACAACGUACUAAAGAAAUGAUAUAUGUACAAAGGCUGAUGGAUGAUCGAAGAUUUGCCUUGUAUUUUGAGAACAACGUUUCGUUUCAUUUUUUUUUAUUUUCCUUCCUGCUACUUGUGAGAUGUGCGUUUCUUUAUAAUCAGUCCUGUGUAUGCAGUCAUGUUAGUAUCUUAAAUAGUUGUUGCUGCUUAUUUUCUAUACGUUUGGUAUAUUAAAUAUAUUAUAGCUUGACGCUGAUGAUUUAAGAAGGAUGUUCGUUGA